CUGUCAUACUGGCGAUCUCUUACGAUUUUUCGUCGUAAAUUCACAUCACGAAAACUCGAGUUUAAUUUUAUAGAAAUUGAAUAAUGUCAAACGACGACGAAGUUGUAAAAGAUACAAAUGUUUAUAGAGGAUUUAUUAAAGCUCUUUACAAUACAAUCGAUGGACCCGUAACUUAUUUCCGAGAGAAGAUUGUUGAGCCGAACCAGAAGAAGUAUCCAUGGUACCACCAGAAGUUCCGUCGUGUGCCAACCAUCGACCAAUGCUACGAUGAUGAUGUGAUUUGCGAUUUUGAGGCGAACGCACAGUUCAAACGUGAUAGGGCUGUAGAUUCUGAGAUCCUAGGAAUUCUGCGUCAACGUUAUGAGGACUGCAUGGUCUAUGAACGCCCUGACCAUGCUAAGGCUUGCAAACCUCUUUGGGACAAGUACAAGGAAUCUGAAGAGGCCUGGUUUAUCAAAUAUGGUGAUCUUGGUGCGUAUGCUGAUGCUCGUAAAGCAUACAUGAAGCAGAAGCAUCGCAUGGUCUGGGAAAGACGUCACGGACCCCUGUCUGACCUGACAUGUUAACUCUCAAAUUGCAAUUCGUGUAAUACUAAGUAGGUUCUGGUGUUUAAAUAAACAAUGUAAAUUAUAGCA